AUGAAGUCCGACAAGGAUAUACUGAUGAAGCCGCUCCCAAAGUCUCCUGGGACGGGCAGUACGACUACGGGUCACUCUGUCUCGCACGCUGAAGAGGUCCUCGAUCGACAGCUCCAUACGCCGGUGUCGCAAAUCGGCUUUUUUGGUAUCUAUCGAUAUGCGACUCGAUGGGAUGUCGCCAUUCUCUUCGGCAGUGCGCUUGCUGCGAUCGCAGGCGGUGCAGCACUACCUCUCUUCACGGUCCUCUUCGGCAGGUUGACGUCGACCUUUCAAGACAUCGCUACCCAUCGGAUUACUUACGAUCACUUCCAUCACGAGCUGACCAAGAAUGUGGUCUACUUCAUAUACUUGGGUGCUGCUGAGUUCGUCGCGAUUUAUCUAGCGACCGUCGGCUUCAUUUAUACCGGCGACCAUGUCGUACAGCAGAUUCGGGUGGAAUACUUCCAGGCUAUCUUAAGGCAGAAUAUUGCCUUCUUCGACACUCUUGGUGCUGGGGAGAUCACAACGAGGAUCACCGCCGACACGAACCUGAUUCAAGACGGUAUCUCCGAAAAGGUCGGCCUAGCCUUGACCGGGCUUUCGACGUUCGUGACGGCGUUCAUCAUCGCCUAUAUAAAGAACUGGAAGCUGGCACUAAUCUGUAGUGCCAGCCUGCUCGCAUUGCUGUUGACCAUGGGUGGUUGCUCCACCCUCAUGCUCAUUUUUAGCAAGAAAGCAUUGGAAUACCAGGGUCGUGGCGCCAGUAUGGCCGAGGACAUCCUUGACUCCAUCCGGACCGUCGCAGCGUUUAAUGCUCAGGAAACACUGGCGCGGAAGUACGAAUCGCAUCUCAAGGAUGCCGAAGGACCCGGAAUGAAGUCAAAAGUGAUCUUCGCCAUCAUGGUGGGAGCAUUACUAUGCAUCAUGUAUCUCAACUAUGGACUUGGCUUCUGGAUGGGGUCUCGCUUCCUCGUCGAAGGAAUCAGUAACAUCAAAGCCGGGGAUGUGCUGACCAUCAUGAUGGCCAUCAUCCUAGGUUCCUAUAAUCUGGGCAAUGUGGCCCCCAAUGGACAAGCGCUGUCGAACGCUGUGGCGGCAGCAUCAAAGCUGUAUAGCACCAUUGACCGUCAAUCCCCUUUAGAUGCGUUGUCCGAUCAGGGCAAGACGCUGGAGUUUGUCCGAGGAAAUAUUGUCCUCCAGAACAUCAGGCACGUUUAUCCCUCGCGACCCGAGGUCACUGUUGCCCAUGAUCUGAGUUGCUAUAUUCCUGCCGGUAAGACGACUGCCUUCGUGGGUCCCUCAGGGUCCGGCAAAAGUACCAUCAUCAGCUUGCUUGAGCGGUUUUAUGACCCAGUCGCGGGGACCAUUAUGCUCGACGGCCACGAUAUCCAGACAUUGAAUCUCCGAUGGCUGCGACAGCAAAUGUCGCUCGUGUCGCAAGAGCCGAGACUCUUCGCCACCACCAUCGCGGAGAAUAUCCGUUAUGGUAUCAUUGGCUCUCGAUUCGAAAAGGAAUCGACGUACGAGAUCCGAAAGCGAGUCGAAGCAGCAGCUCGAAUGGCAAAUGCGCACGACUUCAUCAUGGCGCUUCCAAAUGGUUAUGAUACAAAUAUCGAGAGCUUCUCGCUUUCUGGGGGCCAGAAGCAGCGCAUCGCUAUUGCCAGAGCUAUCAUAAAAGACCCUAAGAUCCUACUCUUAGACGAAGCAACAUCCGCCUUGGACACGAAAUCCGAAAAGCUCGUUCAGGCAGCGCUUGACAAGGCUUCUAAGGGUAGAACGACUAUUGUCAUCGCUCAUCGGCUGUCCACAAUCCAGAAGGCAUACAACAUCAUUGUUCUUGCCAAUGGUCAGAUUGUUGAGCAAGGGCCGCAUGAGCAUUUGAUGGAUCGACGGGGGAUCUAUUGUGACAUGGUGGAAGCGCAGCAGAUUAAGAAACGGUACUCGAGAUACUCCAAGAGAUAUUCCCAGCUAUUGACGAACUUGUCCCCUAAGCAUAACCCAAUGACCUUCUUCUUCGACAAAGAUUACCCGGGCGAUGACGAGUCCGAUAUUUACAGCAUCCUCAGUGAUGACGCAUCCGAUAUUGGAUUGCACACUGGGGAGAAACAAAGACCAGUGUCGAGAAUGUCACUAUCUCAUCUCAUGCAGCCGGUCAAGGAAGAGGCAUAUUCUUUCUGGACUUUGUUCAAGUUCCUUGCCUCGUUCAACCGUCCCGAGUGGCCGUUUUUAUUACUAGGGCUCUGCGCAUCUAUACUGGCAGGGGGGAUCCAACCAUCGCAGGCUGUGCUGUUUGCGAAGGCUGUCAGCACCCUCAGCCUGCCCCCUCUUGAAUAUCCGAAGCUCCGGCACGAUGCCAACUUCUGGUGCCUCAUGUUUCUCAUGAUUGGCAUUGUGUCGCUUGUGUUGUAUAGUGUGCAAGGGACCUUGUUUGCAUAUAGUUCCGAAAAGAUGGUCUACCGGGCCCGCAGUCAAGCAUUCCGGGUGAUACUGCACCAGGAUAUCUCUUUCUUCGAUCAACAGGAAAACACGACAGGCGCAUUAACAGCCACUCUGAGCGCGGGGACCAAAGAACUAACUGGCAUUAGUGGCGUCACAUUGGGGACUAUCUUGAUUGUCUCUGUCAAUCUUGUGGCUUCCUUGGGGGUAGCCCUUGUAAUAGGCUGGAAGUUGGCACUGGUGUGCAUCUCCGCGGUUCCAGCCCUGCUGAUGUGUGGAUUUGUUCGCGUUUGGAUGUUGGAGCGGUUCCAACGAAGGGCCAAGAAAGCAUAUCAAGAAUCAGCUAGUUCUGCUUGUGAGGCAGCCUCUGCCAUCCGUACGGUCGUUUCUUUGACCAUGGAGACGGAGGCUUUGCAAUCCUAUCAAGCACAGCUCCGUCGGCAGCUGAAGAGUGAUAUACUCCCCAUUGUGAAAUCGUCCUUACUCUACGCCAGCUCACAGGCGUUGCCUUUCUUCUGCAUGGCGUUGGGGUUCUGGUAUGGCGGGUCUCUACUUGGUCAUGGAGAGUAUUCCCUGUUUCAAUUUUACGUGUGCUUCAGUGAGGUGAUCUUUGGGGCCCAAGCCGCUGGAACGGUUUUCUCUCAUGCCCCGGAUAUGGGAAAGGCGAAGCACGCUGCCCGUGAGUUCAAACGUCUGUUCAGCAGCGACACAAUGCAUGCUUCUCGGAGCAAAGGAGUUCCGGUUACGUCCAUGCGAGGACUGGUGGAGUUCCGCGAUGUCUCCUUUCGAUAUCCCAGUCGCUUGGAACAACCAAUCCUUCGCCACUUGAACCUGACCAUCAAGCCAGGGCAAUUUGUUGCACUAGUGGGUGCGAGUGGAAGCGGCAAGAGCACUACCAUUGCGUUGCUGGAGAGAUUCUAUGAUCCCCUCAAAGGUGGUGUUUACGUAGAUGGAAAGAAUAUUAUCACUCUCGAGAUGUCUUCCUAUCGCAGUCACUUGGCUCUCAUUAGCCAAGAACCGACUUUGUUCCAAGGGACCAUCCGAGAGAACAUCCUGCUAGGGAGCAACACACCUCAUGUCACAGAUGAUUUUCUUGUUAAAGCCUGCAAGGAUGCAAACAUAUACGAUUUCAUAUUGUCAUUGCCGCAAGGCUUCAACACCAUUGUUGGCAAUAAGGGAGGCAUGCUCUCCGGUGGCCAGAAACAGCGCAUUGCCAUCGCUCGGGCCCUCAUUCGGAAUCCAAAAAUCCUCCUGUUGGACGAGGCUACGUCCGCGCUAGAUUCCGAGUCGGAAAAGGUGGUCCAGGCAGCAUUGGAUGCCGCCGCGCGGGGACGCACAACGAUCGCAGUUGCUCACCGGCUGAGCACUAUCCAGCGCGCAGACUUGAUAUAUGUGCUAGAUCAGGGGGAGGUCGUUGAAUCAGGUACGCACCGGGAACUUCUCCGGAAGAAGGGACGCUACUACGAACUCGUCCAUCUACAGAAUCCGGAUGCCACGGGUACGAAGUAG